AUGUCUGAACCAAUGUCUGAUUCAAAUUAUGCAGAGAUCACUAUUGCAUUGAACAAUGAACAGUUCAUCCCUGUACCAGUCGAUCUCAAUGGUACAGUGGAGCAACUUCAAAAGGUGAUCGAGUUUGAAACAAACAUAUUGGUAAAGGAUCAAAUACUUAUUCAUGAAGGAAAGGAGAUGGUUGGAUCAAAGAAGAUCGCAGAGUAUAAUGUAAAGAAUGGUGACCUGUUGUUCAUGACAAAGAGACCUCCACCACAGCAACAACAAGUUCAAAGACAGCCACAACAACAACAACAACAACAGAGACCAAGACAGCAACAAGCAGCAGCUCCAAAAUGGGGAAAUGCCAGAGAAUUCAUUAAUCACUUUAAGAAUAAUCCAGAAGAGUUGGAUGCUAUCUUCAAUCAAAAUCAACAACUGGCCAACGCCAUUUUGGAGGAGGAUGAACCAACGAUCAAAAGUUUCUUGGAGCAGAUGGAGAAACAAAGAAAGAUGGUGGAGGCCGCCAACGACCCAUUCAAUGAGGAGGGCCAAAAGUUGAUCUACGAAGCGAUUCAACAACAAAACAUUGAGCAUAACAUGGAGCAUGCCAUCGAGUACACCCCAGAAGCCUUUGCCCGUGUCAUUAUGCUCUAUAUCGACUGCUCCAUCAACGAGCAUCCAAUCAAGGCCUUUGUAGACACUGGCGCACAACAAUCAAUUAUGACUCUAAAGUGUGCCGAGCGAUGUGGAUUGUCCAGACUGAUCGACAGGAGGUUCCAUGGCAUUGCCAAGGGUGUCGGAACGGCCAAGAUCGUCGGCAGAGUGCACGCUGCCAAACUGAGGCUGGGCAAGUCACACAUCACCAUUUCGCUGUCCAUUCUUGACAGCCCAGGCCAGGACACAGAGUUCAUCUUUGGCCUCGACCAGCUCAAGCGACACACAGCAAUGGUCAAUCUGAAGAACAAUGUUCUGGAGAUUGGCGAUGAGCACGUACCAUUCCUUGCCGAGAAGGAUCUCACCGAGAUCCUCAACAAGGAGGACCCUCUACCAGAGAACUACGUUCCACCCCCUGCUGGAGCGGCUGCCAAUCCACCAACGACGACAACAACAACCUCUCCAACUCAGACAAAUGCAGCGCCAGCACCAGUCGCAAGCAACAAACCAGCUGCAACUGUUGUUGCACAACCCAAACCCGCUGCCCAGUCCACUGGACACUCUGAGGAGAAGAUCAACGCAUUGAUGUCACUCGGUGCCACCAAGGUGCAAGCGGAGAACCUACUCAAUCGAUGUGGUGGAGAUGUCGAACGUGCUGGUGCUCUAUUCUUCAGUACAAUGUAA